AUGAGACAAGCGAAUGAGGCGAUCAAAAGGGUCCGACACCCGAUACCUACGGUUGAUGACGUAAGAUUUGAACUGAACGGCGCGAAAUAUUUCUCGAAAUUGGACUUAUCCCAGGCGUACCACCAACUCGAACUCGAUCCGAAAAGCCGACAUAUCACCACAUUUAGUACACACAUCGGGCUAUAUCGCUAUAAACUUUAAAUUAUGGGACAAACGCUGCCGCCAAGAUUUUCCAAUACACGCUUCAGACACAAUUACAAGGACUCAUCGGGGUCAAGAACAUAACCGACGAUAUUAUCGUUUAUGGAAGUACUCGCAAGGAACACGAGGAAAAUCUAGACAAGUGCCUACAACGUCUAACAAACCGAGGAUUGACCCUCAACGCCAGUAAAUGUAAAUUAUUGAAUCCCACAUUGGAAUUUUUCGGUCAAAUCUUCUCUGCCGAUGGCACGCGACCGGACCCUCAACGAGUCGUCGACCUCCAGAAUGUGGCCACACCCACCACAGUCCAAGAAGUUCGAAGCCUUCUUGGUAUGGCGAACUACAGCAGUCAAUGCAUCCCCAACUUUUCAACAAUCACUGCCCCCCUCCGUCUCUUAACGAAAAACGACACACCAUUUGUGUGCACCACGGUACAUAAAAACGCGUUCGACAACCUGAAAGCCGCUCUAACGUCAGCCCCAUGCAUGGCGUAUUUCGACAUCCAUAAAGAAACCUUUGUUGUCGUCGACGCGAACCCUGUCGGGGUAUCGGCUAUCCUCUCACAAAAAUCGCCAAAUGUCGCAAAUUCCUAA